UAGAGUGUUUUGCAUGCUCGUGGCACGGGCCAUAAUUUAGGGAAUUGCAACAUGUCACGUGUCCCCAGGCAAUUUCUAAAAUAAAUUGAGAAAAAAAUAAAUAUUAAUCACAAUUCCCUACUGUUUUCGAUUUUAAAACCAAACCUUAAAACCCAUUUUACUCACCCCACCCAAGAGUUGCCAAUGACCUCAUUAAACUUCUCUUCCCAGCCUCGGUAUCAGACUACACUUUCCCCACCACCAGCUCCACAUCAACCGUCUUCGCAAAUUACAAUUGCCACCCGUUAAUCACUAAAGAUUUCGCAUCUCAUUUUUGGCAGGAAGGGGAUAUUACGAUGCAAAGAUUGUGUAGAUUUGCAUCUUCACUUUCUAAUGUGGUGACCAAAACUUUAUGUUCUCCUUCGGUACAAGAGGUUACACCAGGGCGUUUUCUUAAAUGGACUUCAUUGGGUUUUGUUCGGACUUCCAAAUUUGCUUCUGGGUUUUCUCCACUGCAAGUCAAACCGUUGAAUUCGAUCAUGGAUCUCGAACGAGCUAAAAAUAAGUCUCCUGAGGACCUUGCUUUAAUUUGGGAUGAUUUUCACUUGGGAAGAGGUCAUAUUGGCGCUUCCAUGAAAACGAGUUUGUACCGAUUAUUCGAGCAAAGAGCUGCUGAUUGUCAAUAUUUUGUCAUUCCCUUGUGGAGAGGAAGUGGAUAUACAACCAUGUUUUCCCAAGUGAAGAUCCCACACAUGAUUUUCACCGGGCUGGAAGAUUAUAAAGCUCGGGGAACUCAAGCCUCCCCCUAUUUCACUGUUGCACAUUACACAGAAUUUGCCGAUAGCAAAGACUUGGUACUUGUUCGUGGUGAUAUAGUCUUCUCUAGCAAGCUCACCGAUGAAGAGGCAAAAUGGCUUAUAGAGACCACUCAAUCCUUUUACGUCAAUGAUACGAGGUACAAGUUGGUGGAACUAUUCAACAAACAGACUCGUGACUUCGAGUUCAAGGAUGUAUUGCAAGCUCUGAAUAUGCCUUCAAUGUAAUUGUUUUUUAUAGCAAAAUCAGACUCCUCCUUAAUUUAGAACAAUUUGGAAACUAUGUAGAAUUGGUUUUUGAAGCACUUGCCAAUCAUAAAUGUUAUGCCUUUGUAGAGUA